CCCCCUCCCCAACGGCCCCCCUCCGCGCCCCCCUCGGCGCCUCGCUCCCCCCGGGCACCUGGGGCCGGCACAUGCCCAGCGCACGCGGCGCGCCGCGCUGCUAGAAGUUGCAGCCCCGGAGUUGGAGGCCGCUGAGGACCCAGUGCAGGAGGAAGGAGGCAGCGCGCGGCGGCGGCCGGCGAGGAGGAGGCAGAGAGCCCCGCGCCAGGCCCCGCGCACCGCUCGCGUCCCGAAAAGUGGAGCUGCAACUUGGCCACGACUGCACCUGUUUGCACCGCUCCGCCGAAGCGACGGGGCUGCGGCGGCGGCGGCGUCGACCCCGGCCAUCGCCCUCUUCGGCAAGUGGUUUGAGCACCAGGAGAAACUUUGCACCUGUGAGCCGGACCUGCCCUGAGUGCGUGUGUUUUUGCCUCUUAUUUUGUUGUCGUUGCUUCCACCUCCCCCCAUUCUCUCUGGUAGGACUUCUCCCCCUCCCCACGUCUCGGUCCGUUCCAUUAAGCCCCUCUCCAUCCUCCACCCCCCGGCCGUCUAUGCUCCUGGCCCUCCCCGCGCGGUGCCGGUGAACCCGCGGGCCGCCCCGAUGUACAGCAUGAUGAUGGAGACCGACCUGCACUCGCCUGGCGGCGCCCAGGCCCCCACGAACCUGUCGGGCCCGGCCGGGGCGGGCGGCGGCGGCGGCGGCGGCGGCGGGGUCGCCAAGGCCAACCAGGACCGGGUCAAGCGGCCCAUGAACGCCUUCAUGGUGUGGUCCCGCGGGCAGCGGCGCAAGAUGGCCCAGGAGAACCCCAAGAUGCACAACUCGGAGAUCAGCAAGCGCCUGGGCGCUGAGUGGAAGGUCAUGUCCGAGGCCGAGAAGCGACCGUUCAUCGACGAGGCCAAGCGGCUGCGCGCGCUGCACAUGAAGGAGCACCCGGAUUACAAGUACCGGCCGCGCCGCAAGACCAAGACGCUGCUCAAGAAGGACAAGUACUCGCUGGCCGGCGGGCUGCUGGCGGCCCUGGGCGCGCUGGGCUCGCUCGUCAAGUCUGAGCCGAGCGGCAGCCCGCCCGCCCCCGCGCACUCGCGGGCGCCGUGCCCCGGGGACCUGCGCGAAAUGAUCAGCAUGUACUUGCCCGCCGGCGAGAGCGGCGACCCGGCCGCAGCUGCAGCCGCCGCGGCGCAGAGCCGGCUGCACUCGCUGCCGCAGCACUACCAGGGCGCGGGCGCGGGCGUCAACGGCACGGUGCCCCUGACGCACAUUUAGGGACGCGGGGAUACUGCGGCCCGCGCCCACGACGCGCGAAGAGGAGCGCGCGGCCCGCCCGGGCGCCCGGCGCUGAGCGGCCUUGCUUUUGUACAGACGUUUCCACGUUCUUGUAAAGAGGAAAACACUGGCGACGAAUGCGGGGGACCCACGCCCCCACCUCACCUUUCCGGGAGCUCCUGGGGACCGCCGGGCGCAGACACAGCCUGCGGUUUAGACUGACUUCGGUGUUUUCUUGAGACUUUUUGUACAGUAUUUAUCAUUCGCGGAGGAGGCAGAAAGCGUUUUCUUUGCUCGAGGUGACAAAAGACCAAACCAAGUGAGAGGCGACUCCAACUUUCCCAGCCCGGCCAGCGCGCCCGCUCUCAUCCUGCAUCGCUUCCUGACGGGCGUUUGGUUGCCGAUACCCGGUGCCGGGAAGCUGUUCUCAUUCGUUAUCGAUGUAGUAAGGCAGAGCCAAACACGAGUUUUUUGUAGUUGUUGCAGCUUUUUUGGGUUGGUUUGUUAAUUUAUACGAAGAGAUCUCCCCACUCCUUUCGGAUGGCAGCGUCAUAUUCUGGGUUUUGUAAAACUUUCUGUAUCUGAGCAUCUCCAUUUUUUGGUUUUGUUUUGUAUUAUUUCUUGUAAAUGCAUUGUGAAAUUUUUAUUUUAGGCGUUGCGGUGUGGGGAGGGGGAUUCAGACUAUGUACAUAAUUUCCUAAAAAGCCUUUCUUCUAAAAACGAAAAAAGACCUCUCCUUAAAAAAAAAAAUGCAUCGAGUUUUGAGUCAAUAAAUUUAAGAGAGAAAAAAAAA